CAUCCCUCAACAAUUAUUCUUUUUAAAGGUCGAAUCUAUGUAUGUGUUUUCAAAUAUACUUUAUUUUUUUUUUUCUCUCUCUUUAAUAAACACUCAUGUCUUAUUAUUUUAUCUACUUCAGUGCAACUAAUUUAGUACAAUGUCUUCAUGGUCACGACUAUUUUCUUGGUUUAAAAAGUUAUCACCAACUUCAACAGAUAUAUAUAACACAUGGACUAGACAACAACUUAUCGAUCGACUGAGAGUACUUGAAUCAACUACUGUUAAUAAAAAUAAUAGAGUCAAGAAACCUUUCAACAUGAAUAAAUACCCUCAACAUCGUGUUGCUCUCAAGGUAGCUUACUUGGGUUGGAACUAUCUUGGUUUUGCCUCUCAAAAGGAAACGGAUCAAACUGUGGAAGGUCAAUUAUUCAAGGCUCUAGAAUAUUGCAAAUUGAUUCAAGAUCCUACUUCUUGUGAUUUUACGCGUUGCGGACGGACAGAUAAAGGUGUUAGUGGUCUAGGUCAAGUAGUAGCUCUGAAUGUACGACAAAGUAGUGGCAAAGAUCGACCUAUUCCAUAUGUUGAAACAUUGAAUGCACUUUUACCUCAAGAUAUCCGUGUAUUGGCUUGGUCACCUGUCUCUCCUGGAUUUAAUGCUCGUUUUGAUUGUAUAUCUCGAACUUAUAGGUAUAUGUUUCUGAAGCAAGAUCUAGAUGUGGACGCUAUGCAAAAAGCAGCAAAUUAUAUGAUUGGAUCUCAUGAUUUUCGGAAUUUUUGCAAAUUGGAUCCUUCUAAACAACAAAGUUACAAUAGACAUAUUUUAUCCAUCGACAUUGUACCCUGUCAACAACAUUAUCAAGUCGUUAUCAAAGGAACUGCUUUCUUAUGGCAUCAAGUACGUUGUAUCAUGUCAGUACUUUUCCUAGUGGGUCAACGAUUGGAACGACCUGAAAUUGUGUUGGAUCUAUUAGAUAUUGACAAGGUGAAUGCCAAACCGGAUUAUCCAUUAGCAAGUGAUUUACCUUUAUUAUUAUAUGAUUGUGAAUUUGAAAAAGGACAAUUGGAUUGGCAAUAUGGAUUACGACCUCAACGAUUACAACAACAUUGGAAUGAAUUAUGGUAUGAUCAAACUGUCCGUUCAUGGUUAUAUCAAACUUUCUUAGAAGAUCUAUCGGAAAAACCAUCUGUUUAUACACCCAAACCAACUUCAACCAUUGUUUUAGGUGCGGGUAAAGUCAUUCGAACAACAAAAUAUCGACCUCUUUUGGAACGUGCAAGAGCUGAUUCUGAACAAAUCAAACGGGAAAAAUACCAAGCAAAAUUACAACGCAAACAAUCCCCCAUAGAUUAGAUGUAUUAUAUAUAUUUUUUUUUUUUGUAUUCAUGUGUACUUAUUUUCCCCAUCUUUUUAUAUAGUAUUCUUCUUUAUUUGUAAAAUAAACCUUUUUUUUUUUUUUU